AUGUUUAAUCUGAAAACAAUGUCCGGAGAAACUACCAUUAAGGGCAACCCUUCUCAGUAUGUCAAGUUGAAUGUUGGGGGCUGUUUGCACUAUACCACAAUUGGCACCCUCACGAAACAUGAUACCAUGCUACGAGCUAUGUUCAGUGGUCGUAUGGAAGUUUUGUCUGAUUCAGAUGGUUGGAUUUUGAUAGACAGGUGUGGUAAACAUUUUGGUGCAAUUCUUAAUUUUCUCCGAGAUGGAAGUGUGUCACUACCAGAGUCCACAAGAGAUAUUGCUGAACUGGUGGCUGAAGCAAAAUAUUACUGCAUAGCUGAAUUAGUGGAAUCAUGUAACAAAGCAUUGCUCAAAAAGGAAAGGGGUGAACAUGAGCCUACUUGUAGAGUACCUAUGAUCACAUCCCAAAAAGAAGAAGAAAUGCUUAUUAGUUCUACCACAAAGCCCUCCAUCAAAUUGCUUAUAAACAGACACAAUAACAAGUAUUCUUACACCAGUACUUCAGAUGACAAUUUGUUGAAAAACAUUGAAUUAUUUGACAAGCUAUCUUUGUGGUACAGUAGUAGGGUGCUAUUUUUAAAGGAUGUCAUAAGUACUAGUGAGAUAUGCUGUUGGGUUUUUUAUGGUCAUGGCAGGAAAGUAUCUGAGGUUUGUUGUACAUCCAUAGUCUAUGCUCCUCACAAGGUGUAUACCAAAGUGGAUUGUCCAGAGGCAAGAAUAUAUGAGGAAGCAUUGAAUAUACUAUUGUAUGAAAGCAGGAAUGCCCCUGAUCAGGAGUUGAUGCAAGCUACAUCAACAAGGGGGGCUGUAUCUGGAAUGUCCACUUAUACCAGUGAUGAAGAGGAGGAGAGAUCAGGUAUUGAAAGACUCAGGUCCAAUAAAUCUAAUAACCAAGCUUGAUCUUACCAUAUUUACUAAUUAACCUUAUACAGGGUGUGUCAUUAGUGUGGCAAAGUGAGAUAACUGCUUUACUAUUUGAGAUAGAUGAUUAAAAAUUCCAGAGAUGAUCUAGGAUCAUGAGCAGUACAUAUCCAAAAUAUUUCUUUUUAUACAGGGUAACUCAGAAAUGCGUGGUGCAUCAAAGUAAUACUCUUUCUUAUGGGACACCCUGUAUUUCAUUGCAUUUUCGCAUUCUUCUUUGUGAGCUGAUUUCAUCAAUGCAUCAC